AGUAUCGGCCACGUAGCUUAACGGCGUUUGACUAAGGAAACAAUUCGGUCACCACAGCUUGAGAAGUCGAAUGAACACAAUGCUUCUCGCUCUACUUGUACUGGCCAUUGCUGGUCACCUUGUCAAGGCGGACUACCUAGAUGACCAACGGGACUUGUCGGCAGCGACCUCUGGAUUCUCCCAGAGACUGUACCAGAAAGUGGCACUGGGCUUACCAAGUAUGGUCUACUCACCUUACAGCGUCCAUUCGGUAUUGGCAAUGACGUCAUUAGGCGCCAGAGGAAAAACAGCUACAGAAAUGAAACAGGCGCUUGGGAUUACAUCUCUUGCUGACAAUACUCAUGAGAUUUAUAAGAAACUUAUUUCGGAUAUGAACUCUGUACCGGAUGUGAAAUUAAACACAGGAAACGCCAUUUUUGUGAACCCUGCAUACGAAAUCGUGCCUCAAUUUGUGGCUGAUGUUGAGAGCAAGUACUUCGCCAAGGCUGGUAACAUUGACUUGUCUGCCCCUGGGGGACCAGAGGAACCAAUCAACACCUACGUGGCAAAUGCUACAGGAAAUAUGAUACAAAAUCUCCUUCCAAAAGGUUUGGUAUUGUCUGAACACCAUCAGUAA